UACAAGCCCAUUUAAAGGCGAGAUGAGUAAGGGACUAGUUCUUCUCAAAGAAAGCAAUUUACUAAUUGAAACAGCAUUCAACUCUAGAGCGAGAAAGAGAGGAAAGAGAGAGAGAGAGAUAGCGCUUCACCGAGACAGCCAUGGGGAAUGAAUCAUAUCCAAUGAAGGGAGGAGAUGGAACUUUCAGCUACACCAAAAACUCUAGCUUCCAGAAAGCAGCGUCAAGUGUAGCACAAGGUCUAAUUUGCUCCGCGAUCACCGAUAAAUUCGAUGCCCAGAAAUUUCUAAUGUCAACCACUUCCACAGCACCAGCAUCAGCAACCUCGACAAUAUGUAUAGCUGACUUGGGCUGCUCGGUGGGUCCAAAUACAUUCACAGCAAUGCAAAAUGUCAUAGACACCAUUGAGGCCAAAUCAAAAAUUCAUUCCCAAAGCCCACAAUUUCAAGUGUUUUUCAACGACCACACAGGCAACGAUUUCAACACCCUCUUCACCUCCCUGCCUUCAAACCGUGCCUACUUCUCAGCUGCUGUGCCGGGUUCCUUCUAUGGCCGUCUCUUCCCAGAUGCCUCCCUCCACUUUAUCCACUCGUCUUAUGCUCUACAAUGGUUGUCCAAGGCACCUGAGGAGUUAGUUAACAUGGAUUCUGAGGCGUGGAACGGAGGAAGAAUCCAUUACACUGGUGCACCACAGGGUGUUGUGGAUGCGUACUGUAGGCAGUUUUUUAAAGAUAUGGAGUUGUUCUUGGACGGAAGAGCAAGAGAGCUUGUAGUUGGAGGGAUGAUGGUGCUCAUUAUGCCAUGUGUUCCUGAUGAAACUGUGACUCAUUCCCAGGUUCCUGCUGGUAUCAUGUUUGAUCUCUUGGGGGCUUCCUUACUAGAUAUGGUUAAAACGGGAGUUAUUAGUCAGGGACAAGUAGACUCCUUCAACUUGCCAAUCUAUGGUGUUGCACCAAAGGAGAUGGAAGCGUUAGUAGAGAAGAACGGGCGAUUCAGUAUAGAGAAAAUGGAGUUAACUAACCCAGCUUCAGCAGUAAAAUCAACGGAGGAUAGUCUUAACACUUCAGUUUCUGGUAACGCAAUAGCUAGACACUUAAGAGCUGGAAUGGAAGGAAUUUUGUCAAAUCACUUUGGCGUCGAUAUUAUGGAUGAACUGUUUGAUAGGUUUUCCCAGAAGACUAUGGAAUUCUCUGAGAGGUUCAAUGCAUGCCAUAAGCAAGGAACUCAGUUGUUUCUAACCCUCGUCAAGCGGAAAUAAGCUUUUUUUUUUCUUUGACAGUUAGUCUCGGAACUUGAAGCUUGAAACCUUUUAAACUUUCGUUUUUAUUGAAGGGGUGGAAGUUGGAACCUUCUUGUUAGCAAUGAUCUAAGAGCAUAUCCCUUUUAUAUAUGCAUGUAGAGGUGUCAAUUCAGUUUAAUAGUUCUGUUAUGAUUAUAUCCAAACAGUUAGUUUACAACUAUUAAAAUUAUUAACAGUUUAGUUAAUAAACUUUUCAGUUUAAUUUA